UCCUUUUUUCUCUCUCUUUCUGAGAGGUUGUAUGACAGCUUUUCCUGCUGCUGGCAGAGAGAGUGGAGACCGUGAGGGAGAGGGAAAGUCUGUUAUUCAGAGCAAGCUACCACCUCUUCCCUAUAGGUUUCUCUACACGCUCCAGGACUGGAGAACAGCAGUAGUCACACACAAGGAACGAGCAAGAUUGACAAAGUCAGGAUUGCUUGUUGUGCUGAUUUUGUCAACCUGGAUGCGAGAAGUGGACUGUUUUGACUGAGGCUAGCAUUGAGCCUUACCUUAUCUUGACAGGAAUUAACUUUCCUAAGAGGACACUUUGACAGUACUACUUACUUGGGCGGCCAAAUGAACUGUUCGGCCUGAGGAGCGAAGGGCACGGGCGUAGAUCCAGAGAGACAGAGAGAGAGGGUCGCUCAAUCAUUCAGCAAACCUCUCCACUUCCAUCAUGAGCUGGGACUGAAUAGUUACCACUACAGCUUCAUUUUAUGGUGUAAGCAAAGGCUACUGGACAUAUCGUCAGCAUGGACGCAAAGAGGAAAGAGAUGGACCUCCUGAGCAACAGCAUAGCUGCCUAUGCACACAUCAAAGAGAACCCAGAGAGCUUUGGGCUGUACUUUGUGAUUGGGGUUUGUUUUGGCCUGGUCCUAACCCUCUGCCUCCUGGUCAUCCGGAUCUCCUGCAAGCCCCGCACCAACAUCCCGGCCUCCACGCCCGAGAAGAAACACCUGAAGGACUUCAGUGAGGACGAAUGUGAUGAAGAUAGCGAGGAUGAGGAUGAGGAAGAGGAGGGUGACGUCGAAGCACCUGCCCCCAUGCCCACCACAGAGAUUCCUAUUGGCAACCACCACAACCACAGCCAAUCGGACGGGACACUGAGCGUUAACGUGUUCACGUCGGCCGAGGAGUUAGAGCGGGCACAGCGAUUGGAGGAGAGGGAGCGAAUCAUACGGGAGAUCUGGAGGAAUGGGCAGCCUGAUAUCCUGGGUUCAGGAACAGGCACUAUAGGUCGGGUGCACUACUACUAACGUCCAGUACUACUGGGCCACUGAAUGGACAUACUAUAUAGAACUAUGGUGCUAUGGAAUCAGGGGGUACACUGUGGUCUACACCCGCCAAAGACAGAUUCCCAUGAGGGGUGUCACUCAUGCUGUUGUAUACAGACAGGUCACAAGUGGCGUGCUACUUCGAUCUGGGGUGUAUUCAGUGAUGUGAAAUCUUCUGAAUGUUGCAGAUAGAAAUAUAAUGAAUAGAGCUGACAAAAGUCACUAUUCUACCUGAAAGACAAACAUAUCUGUUCUGCACAAUAAGUUUCUAUCUGAACAUUCUGUAACGUGACAUCCCUCUGAACAGGCCCUUGAAGUGUAAGUCUUGACUCUAACACUAUGUGAUAGUGGUGUGCUGUGUGAAUGUAUUUCCCCCAUCAACAUUUGUCACCUACUACCACUGCCAUAAUGGAGUUAUACCACAAGGCACCUUUGAGACCAGUUCUGCUGCUUUGUGAUUUAGGCAUGUGAAUGGGAAUGUUUAUCAUAAUUGGAGUCUACAGUGUAGAGAGAUGCCUGAAGAAAGUAUUGCCCUUAGAAAAACACAAAGGGAGUAAGGAAGGACUAAUACAGCCAUUGACAAAUAGCCAGAGAUACUGUAGGGAGUAGGGACCAAGUAUUUUGCAAUGAGAGGUCACUUUCUUUUGUUUGCUAUGGGGCCAUGUUUCCCUCAACACUGGUGAGUUUACAGCGGGACAGUGCCGUGAGCUGUUUGUCAUUAUAUUAGGAAAUGAUCCUCAAUGCUUUAGAGUGGUCUUGGAACCUUCUGUGAGAAAAUAGCUUUGCCUAAGUAAGAAAAUAGAAAUAGAUUCGGUGAGACCAUUUUUCACCUGAUGUCAAGUCAUUUUGGAAUUGGACUGCUCAAUUUGCUCAGUUUAAGAACACAGUUUUAGGCUGUUUUCAGAACCAAUUACACUAGGGGAAAUUAAAUAAUUAAAGUGUGAAACUCAAAAGUCCUUGUGGUUGUUUCUGUUACACUUAAUGUCUUUUAGACAAACAAUGCUCUUUCUUAAAAUGUUCCUAGACUAUGUAUUUUGAAUAUACUGUACAAUAUAAAGAUUGUCUAGGGCUGAAAUUGAACAACUGAAAAACCUCAGUUGAACCAUUUAAUUGCAAUGGAUUGUAAGGUCACUCAUAGUGAAUUGUUAUUCUUAAUCAAUUGCUCCCAUGUGUGCCUUGAAAUGUUAAAUAGAUAUGAUUUUUAUAGUACAAUAUCUUGAAAACUUGUUUACUAAAUGUUUUGGCAAAACCCAGUGGUCUAUCUAAACGAAAUAAAGCCUUAUUUUAUUGUUGGAAAUAAAACACAGGACAAAAGGAUAUUUGAUUGCCAACAGAAUCAUGUUGAACGUUGAUGAAUAACACAAUCUGCAUAUGUAUCUUGGGUAUGAUCAUUAUCCAGUUUGGUUCUCUUGGGCUUUAGCUGUACAGGUUAUUCAAAUUAUUUAAAAAACUUCUUAGUGCUAUGCGUCCCAUCAGCGGGACACCCGUUGACAAUUUUGGGUGAAAUUGGAGGGUGCGCAAUUCAAAUAAUUCAUCUUAAAAUUCUGGAUAUUAAACAUCUAGGUACAUACAAGUGUUGUAUAUAGGUUAAAAGCUUAAAUUCGUGUUAAUCUAACUGCAUUGUCUGAUGGAUUGCAAAUCAGAGGAAGAUUUUCAAAAAGUAAGUGAUUAUUUAAUCGCUAUUUGUGAUUUUAUGAAGCCUGUGCUGGUUGAAAAAUACGUUGAUGUGGGGCGCCGUCCACAAACAAUCGAAUGGCAUGCUUUCGCUGUAAAGCCUAUUGUAAACCAAAGGGUCCUGACUACAACAUGCACGGCCGUUUUGUUAGAUAAAAUCCUUCUUUGUAUCCCAAAAAAGUAUGUUUAGUUGGCGCCAUCAAUUUGAGUUCAACGUGCAGGAAUUCAAAAAAGCUACCGCUAAACUUUGUUAAACCAAGUCAAACUACGUUUCUAUUUAAUCAUCGGGUACCCUAAAAUGUAACUCUACUAUAAUAUUUCAUACCGGAAAGAAGUAUGUUCAAUAUAAAAGAUUAGCAAGUGUGCGUCCUCUUAGUUGCACGCCCACAUGCUGGUUCCCAAAAUUCGGAACAAGCCUGAAACCUUGAACAAAGACUGUUGACGUCUAGUGGAAGCCAUAGGAAUUGCAAUCCUGGAGCUGGAAUUGCAUAGGACCCAUAGCUUUCAAUUGGAAGAGCAUGGGAUCUCAAAAACAAAAUUCCAGUUGGUUUUUCUUUGGAUUUUCUUCUACCGUAUCAAUUGUGUUAUAGUCUCAUACAUUAUUUAAAAAUUUCUACAAACUUCAAAGUGUUUUAUAUCCAAUGGUACCAAUUAUAUGCAUAUCCUGGCUUCUGGUCCUGAGUAACAGGAAGUUUACUUUGGGCACGUCAGUCAGGCGGAAAUUCGGAAAAAAAGGUCCCUAGCCCCAAAUAAAUACCUGGCCCUCCAACUAAAUAUAAUUAUCAGUGUACCAACUCGGCACAGACAUCAAUUCGACAUAUAUUCCACGUUGGUUCAACGUAAUGUGAUUGAAAUUACAUUUAACUAAUGCAGUCAUUUAUAUUGAUUACUGCAUUGUUGGGUUUACAGCUUGCAAGAAAGACAUUUCACUGUACUUGUGCAGGUGACAUUAAAACUUGAAACAACAUAGAUUCAACCAGUGUGUGUUCAGUAGAUAUGUCUUCUAUCCAUUCGACUUUUUGACCAACCUAGCAGCCAGAAGCCUUAGUACUGGAGUCUGACUGUGCUCGACACCCAUGCAUAAAGUGGCCACGCUAACGUUGUGAGGGGGAAGGCAUUGCUUGUGGAGGAAAUCAGCCAAGAACUUCUGUAACAUGUCUUAAACCUCCUCGAAGUACACAAUGUGCUGGAAAAGCAGACAGGGUAGCAGGUUUGCCUUGGCGAGGUUUUCUCUGUUGAGGUCAGGGCUAAACCCUUAUGUGGUCCGGGCCGUAGCUACAUAUAAUGACACCGGGGUCUGGACCUCUGGAAUUUUUUCGAAUUAGAAUGAAUAAUAAUUGGGGUCUCAACUUGCUGUUGAGAGUUAUAGAAGAAUAGACAAGGUGCAAUUUCAAAACUUUGUUGUGCAUCAGCAGUUUUCCUGUUGUUAUAUGUCACUCACUGACAGUCACUCAAUUGGCCCAUAUCAAUAAAAAAAAGUAGAUUGGUAAAUUAGUAUAGUUAGUCUAGCCAGCUAUCUAAACUCUAAACUCUAAGCAAUCAUGUUCAAAUUACCGACGGGGCACGAAGGGCACGUCCCCAGGUGCCCUGACCUCAAGAGGGCCCACAUUGUUUUUGUAAGUCACUCUCACUCAGAUAUCAUAUUAAGGGCUGGAUUCAAUCAGUAUCGCAGAAGUAUCGCAGAAAAUGUGCGUUCAAAUGUUAAGGUAAUAUCCAACAGAGCUGACCGAUUGAGCUCUCCGUAACUGCGGGAACAUUGCCUGGCAUAACAUGGCAUAAGUCAUUAGUCUGGCUGACACCUAACUCGAACUCCUCCUGACUUCAGAGUCUGGAAAGGCUCUUUUGUUGUUGUCAGCAGGAUGCAUCGAUAAUGAAAGGGGCUGUGCUUCUAUACUGAUUGGUGCACCUCUGUGUCUUCCUCACUGAAACACCCACAUGGACAGCCACUGAGGGACACCCCCUUCCAAACCAACUACUUUUGCUGGCUUUUCUAUUCCAAUUAUAUUUUAUUUUUAUUUUUUGUGAUCGCUUACUGUGUAGUAGGCCUAGAGGUCAAAAUCAAUUAAAUGAAUAUAUCUUAAUAUAGUAAUUCAGCUAAACUCCAUCCAAUAUAAGCAACUACUUGGCCCAAAGGUCAGUAUAUCAAAAACAAAUACUACUUCAACUUCAAUAAGCACGUUCCAUCAAAUUCCGCCCAGAAAUUCAUCUAAUUUCAACCUCAUAACUUGACCUUUAAUCUUUAAUUUACAUGGCAGUACACAGGUCAUUAUUUUCAUCUGCAAUGUGCCCACGUGAACUAAAAAAGGAACAAUCACAGACAAAAUUGCCACCUUUAAACCCCUUUAUUGGUGAAAUGUUGGCAUAAUUUCAAGAUGAUGACCAUCUAACUCCUCUUGACAUGACACAGGUGAAACAGACAGAGGGGAAAGUUUUUUCCAUCUAUGGUCUGAACCCAAGCUAGGGGGAUGUUACGUUAGCUUUACUGGGGGGGAGGAGAGCCUUGGUCUGGUCAACCACGGUCUGGAAGACCUGCUCCAUCUGGUCCUGGAAGUCAUCAGCCAGAGGCUUGAACUGGGCCUGCAUCUUGUCGACCAGGGCCAUUAACUGGGCCUGCAGGUUGUCAGCCAGAGGACUGAACUAGGCCUGGAUGUUGUCAGUAAUGGGGUGGCAGUGGACCUGCUUCUCGAGUUCACUGAUGAAGGGCUUCUUCUGCUUCUGGAUCUUCUCAGCAUGCUCCUGGAUCUUCUCAGCAUGCUCCUGGAUCUUCUCAGCAUGCUCCUGGAUCUUCUCAGCAUGCUCCUGGAUCUUCUCAGCAUGCUCUUGUCGGUCAGAGGCUUGAUCGGAGCCUUACCCUCCGCCAUGUAACCCGUAUGGGGAGAGUGACACACUUAGUGAGCCAUUUUCCAAAAGCUGUAGGCCCAUGGAGCAAGCUAGCUUUAUAGCGGACUCUAUGGUACUGAUGUGAAAACUGACAUGUUGAUUAAAAUGUAAUAUCCCUGUCGGGUACAAUGCUAUGAAGAAAUGAAUAGCAAUAUAAUUUGAAUGAGUACUUAUUUAGAAUGACUUGAUAUCUUACUGUGGCUUAUACAAGUAAACUGAAAUUCCAAAAGGGGCAUCUAUUGUCAAUGAGUUCUCAAUAAACUGAAAAUGAGACACUA